AUGUCGGAGGGACACGCCAACGAGGGCGAGUCAGCGCGAGUUUGUCAAGGUAAUCGCUUGAGCAAACUGUUUCGAGAGGACUUGGCAAGGGCAAAGUGUGCAGCAGACCAAGCCUGGCUAUUCAAGAGCGCAGAGGUCGGGACAACGAAUCGCAUCACAGCUUUUCGGCCCCCUGAGACCUUUGCUUUGGAAAAGGUCUUCGCGACCAAGUUCUCGGAUGCUGAGGAAGGCGAGGAGGUCGUCCCUGCGACGGAGGUGAUCUUCAAGCGAAUCCGGGAGCUUGUCGCGUUCUGGCACAGGCCAGUGAUGGGAGCCGAAGAGGGAGCUGGGCAAGAUGAAAAGGCUGAAGAAGCCCCAGAGGCAGCUGCAGUGGAGACAGCGGAAGCAGCAGAAGCAGCGCCUGCCACAGAGGAGGGUGGUGAGCCAUUGGAGGAGGAGGGACAGCAGGAUGAAGCGUGGCAGAAGCUGGACGAGAAGGAGGAGGGUGCAGAAGGGGGAGAGGAGGCAGAGGAGGUGGUCAACACACUCAUCAUCAAGGAUAGCCGCCAGACCAAGGAGGCUUUAGCUUUGGAUUUGGGCUGUGGGUUAGAACGGCAAACUGUCAUAUUUGGACGUCACUGUCGCCCGCGCAAUCGUCCACGUCAGGGAUUCCAAAACCUGUGGCUGCAGAACAUGAGCCACUACCUGUCCAGCACUGAGAAGAAUUUCUCAGCAAGAGAGUCUGAAUCUGAUGCACUGCAAAGGCUUGGAAUCCGUGAGACACUGCUGGAGGCCAAAGUGUGGAUGCUUUCCCGCUGA